CGCCCAAAACAAUCUGUACCACCAUCUACCAGUCUUGUAGUUUCGUUUUGGACCGUUUCGACCUCGUCAAUAUCCCACUCUGCCGGUAUACUCUUCGUGUUCAGACUCUCAUAGCAUGCGGUAGUCAUAGAUCACCUAUUCUUGCUUGACUCGAGUGAUCGUCCAAACUAACGCUACCUCACACCUUAUCCCCGGACCCCAAAUAUCGUCAUAACCAUAACCAUAACGCAAGGCGACCUCGGCGAUUACGUUGCGAUAGCCGUCUCGAAUGCAGACCACCCUCCCGUCUUCUUUGUUUGUCUGGUGCAACAGUCAGCAACACCCGAGUUUGGCUUCUUCCAACUCAUCCAUCAUCCCACCUGCAGGAGUCGACCUCCUCCUGCUUGGAUAAAUCACCAUGUUCUCCGAAUAUGCCUCCAGGUUUCUAGCUCAGUCGCAGUCUCGACUUUCCAAUUUCGGGCAACCGGAUGGCGAGCCCUCGAGUAGGCAGCCGCAAGAUGGUGCUUCUCGUUUCCCGCGACAUCCAGGGCGAUCCACAUAUCAGAGCAGGCUGGGAAACCCGUAUCAAUCAGGCUCUAGAUUUGGCGCUCUUGGUUCGCGAUACAACAGUAGUCAGGAUACCGCGCCGCUUUUUCACAGCGCGCUCAACGAGUUUCAGGACGAGGAUGAGGACGAUGCGCGCGAGGCCACAGACUUCAGAGCGUUGCAACGGUCCAGGCGUGUCUUCAUCGCGAGCCGGAUAGACGAGAGCUCAGCAUCCGAAAACGAAAACAGCCAUGCGUCCCUGGGUGAAAGUGGUGAACAUGAGAGCCGGGUCUACGAGGACAGAGCACGGCCGAUGGGCAUCAAGAGCAGUUGGAAUGGCGAGUCCAGCUUUAGAAUUAAAGAUCGGCCAGCGAAGCAAACACGAAAGGACGACGUCGAGAACUCGGGCGCCAUGAGGGCAACCCGACAGGAUUCGGAUAGCAGUGAGGGGAAGAUGGUUGACAUCGGUCUGGAGUCGGCCGUGCUCGACAACCAUGUGCCAGAGGACUUGCUUCAAGAAACACCUACGGAUGCCGACCCACCCGCGUUUCAACAAUUCAGGAACCCAAAGACUUCCUUGUAUGAUCCACGACCAUUACAGAAUGAGACGAUCAUGGAGGAGGAUGAACCUGUCGAGGACACAACCGCAGAUGUGCCAUCCGUCACCGGUCACACGGAGAUUUUUCAGAACGAUCAAUUCUUUGCUUGGAUCUACUUGAUAGCCAUGGCCUCUCUCUUCUCGACUUUCGUCUUGGUGUGGCUACAUACGUCAACUCCAAGUAGUAAAACUCCUCUAGGUGACACGAUCUAUACCACGCUUCAUGGCUCAUUCUAUCUACUGGCAGUGGACACUAUGGUUGCAGUCAUUGUCGCCAUGGUUUGGAUGGCGCUCUUGCGAUCAUUUGCGAGACCUUUAGUUAUACUCAUUAUUGUCGGAAGUCCCAUCGUACUCUUCUCAUUUUCGCUCUAUCCAUUCAUCUCGAGUUUCCAGGGCGAUGCCAAGAGACUCGCUUUGCAAGAUACGGUUAUGAGAUGGCUUUCUCUUAUUCCUGCUGCGGCAGCCAUUGGUCUGAUUUGGAUGAUAAACAGGUCCCGCUAUCAGCUACACAAGGCCAUCGAGCUUCUCGAAUUCUCUACAAGGAUCCUCGCCGCAAACCCAGCACUUGUCAUUCUCGGGUUCGGCUCCUUGGUUUUCGUCGUGGGUUGGACCUGGAUCUGGCUAGGAAUGUUUACUCGAGUAUUUCUCAGUGGCUACUUCUCCAAGUCCUUGUCGGCGUUCAUCAUCGGAGCUGCCACAUGGUGGAUUGGGGUGUACUUCUUUCUAAUGUACCUCUGGACACUAUCGGUGGGAACUGGCGUCAUCAGAGCCACGACCGCUGGCACGGUUUCGAACUGGUAUUUCCACCGCAAUCGACAGCCCCCCACACCAUCAAACGCCGUUGUGCUAGAUGCCUUAGGCCACGCUACAAAUUCGGCAUUUGGCACAAUCUGCGCAGCAACACUUUUACAGUUGGGCGUGCGGGUUCCGUUACUUCUCUUGCCUGCAAAAUUCUCUCGGCUGAUCAACCUGGCUGCAUACUCGUUGAUUCCGGCGUCAAUCACUCUCUUGACGAAUCCUUUAGUCUUAACUUACGCCGCCAUCCACUCAGUGCCGCUCAUGGAGUCGGCCUCAAGAUUGUCCAGGAUGCAGUUCUUGAGUAUCAACGACGGCGCAACAACUCACCUAAUGCCAGGGACAUGGAACAGACGGAACCCCAACGUCAAUGCACUUGUGCCGUAUGGGUUGGCCAAGCUACUGCUCAAUGUGACCAGAAUGGUCAUGUCUUUGGCGCUUGGUUUUGCAGGCUGGGUGAUGACAGCACAUCAGCUCGAAGGACAACGUCCCGACGGUAUGGGAUACCGCGGAAGUGCUUAUGCCUAUGUCGUAGGCCUGGUCGCUGGUGCCAUUGGUUUUAGCAUUCUCGGCUCUCUCGAGAGCAUCCUCGUAGGCAUCCUUGACGCCGUAGUUGUGUGCUAUGGCAGCGAGCGCAAGUUAGGUAGUGGGCGCAUGGGUUACUGUAUGGAGGCCGCACAUCUCUUUGGCGACAACGAUGACGAAAGAGAGGGAGUCUAAGGUGCGGGAGAGGCGGAAGGAACGGACUUUGCUUACUUAGGUUUUUACAGCAUCGGUGUUCAGGUGCCCUUGGGCGCAAAGGCCGAUACUAUACCCCGUGUAUCGGUGUGAUCAGGUUAGAUGGGAAAUUGGCAAAUGGAGAAUAGGAGUUUUUCUAGCAUUAAGAGUCAUCACCUACGGGGAGAUGUUUGGGCAGCUUUCGAAUUCAUCAUUUAAUUGAGCA